GCCUUUCGUAUGGAUAUAAGUAGAAAUAUUUGUGUACGUGACACUAUAACUGCGACUGUUCCCAUGUCGGAAAAAUUCCAAUCUGUGACACUUAACAAAGCCAAAUCGACUUUUUAUGAAAAUACCAUUAAAAAUGAAGGAAGAAUGUAUAAUAGUUUGCCGAAUAUGUUUUUUCGUGACAACCAAAUAGCAGCGGUACAGAAAGAUGUUUUACAGCCACUUGAUUUUAAAUUCAUACCUUGGCGAAUAGAAGCAAACAGCUUUCAAAGGACAACAAUGCCUUUAUCUAAUGAAUACUGUGAAGAAUUGAAAUCGUCAACGGAGGCAUGCAAGAACUUUGAAAAUCAUCAAGGCACUGCCACCAGUAGCACUUUUAAUAACAAAAUUGCACUGAACGAAAGUUGUGUAAGUGGUCGUUUGGAAAUUCGAGUUAUACCCCAAGAAAAACUAAAUACAAAGGAGAAUUUUAUCUACGAUAUUGUUCCUACAGAACUUAUCAAAGACAAAAUAGAUUCAGCUAUUACUGUUGUCCCUCUAGAAGCGAAUGAUAGUGACAUCAGAUCUGCUAAAAUCGAAGUAUUGACACAGAAACAACCAAGGCAAACGAAUCAAAGCAGUAUGAUAAUUUCAACGCAUUCAAAAAUAUUUCAUGAUCUAAUAAACAUAAGUGGUUCUGACAUUACUGAUACUGAAAAAAAAUCUUACUGUAGUCCUAUAAAUACACCCAGUAAAAGUGAAGACAUCAAGGAUAAGAACGAAUCUGAUGGUAUUUUAGCUACAAUCCUAACAAAUAUCAAUACUGGUGAUGCUUCAACAGAAACUAACGUACUCGGAUGUAAUCGAAUAAAUUUCAAUGAAGUCGUCUGUGAGGAUGAACUAAAUGGUUCAAAAAGUCAUGAAAUUCCAGGUUUAGUUUGCUUACCUCCGAGUAAAAUACCGGUUCCCAACAUCCGACAAACAAAAUGUGCUUCCUGGUCUGGAUCAGACUUAACAACAGCGUUAUCUCUGGUGGGAACAAGUUCGUACUGCGUCACAACAACAAUACAGGAAUCCGAGUCGACRAGAAAUAAUGAAAAAAAUUGGGAACACGGUACAAAACGAACAGCCAAUGAUGUUAGAGGCGAUAACGUAAAUCAAAACACAACUUUGACGGAUUUAACACCAGAAAUUAAUAAAAUACUGGCAAUUGUUUUCAAAGAAAUUGUUUUUACUAUUAUUCUGAAGCUUAAAACGGAUAGGAUAAGGAAAUAUAUUGACUAAUAGAAAAAAAGUAUAAGGUGUUCCAAUAAAGGCAAAAUCAUGAA